UGAAAAAUGGAAUUGGGAAAGAACAUGACAACAUUUUUUCCCAAAAGGAGCAACAACGUAUAAAUUUUUAGGGAAUUUUGUCCUUAAAAUAAUGGAAGAAGAACAGGAGAGUCUGGUCUCGGCGACCAAAAACAACAAACCAAACCAACGUUUAUUAAAAAGCUCAAAAAAUGAUCCGAAACCUGGAAUUUUUGUGUAUAUUUUGACGUUUUUCGCUGCGGUCGGUGGCUUCCUUUUUGGCUACGAUACUGGGGUAGUUUCAGGGGCUUUAAUAAUCCUCAAGAAACGUUUCCGAUUGACGUUUUUUAUGGAAGAACUUGUAGUUAGCAUUACUAUAGCUGGCGCUAUUCUGGGAGCUUUAUACGCCGGACCAAUGAGCCAAUAUUUAGGUCGAAAAUUUGUCUUGAUAUUUUCGGCAAUUAUUUUUACAAUCGGUGCCAUCUUUAUGGCAGCAGCCGAAAAUACUGGUGAACUGCUUACUGGCAGAGCUAUUGUGGGCCUUGGUAUAGGUGAGUCACAUGAAUUGAAGUGUUGAAUGUUUUAUAUGAUGUUAUUUAAUACUUAAAUGAGUUAUUGAUUUAUUAAAAAAAAGUAGGGGGCAUUGCCACUUAAAGGGUUAACCGGGUGCAUAGGCAGAUAGUUGGGCAAUUUCGAUACGAUUUUUUUAUCGUAAUUCAUCAGCUGUCUUCGUUUUUUUCAUGAUAUUGUGAGAAUUUCAAGCGUGCCUCUACAUGCUUGGAAUUCUCACAAUAGGAGCUGGGACAGAGGUAAAAGUUCUCCAACUGUUGCAGACAAUUUGUGAACAGUCUUUUCAUUUGUUUUAUUAUCACUGUCUGCAAAUACCACAAUUGUCACAACAUAUUUUUAUUUAUCAUGACUGUUGACAACAGUCACAGAUGAGUUACAGUACUGUAGGUGGUUUUCAUUUGCCCUAAGCUUCCUGCAAUGCUCUGCAAUGGUUCACCUCUGCGAGUGUUGCCAACUAAUGAAAACCAGCCUUUAAAGCUCAGGUCAAACAAGCCCCCCUUCACACAGAACAGGGUAAAUUAUUGCACUUCAGGGCUGCAAAUAAAUAUUUGACUUGACAGGACAUUUGUCCGAUCACUUUUAAUUUUGGUCGAACAUAACUUGAAUUUGGUUGGACAAAAACCAACCCCACUAAAUUUGGUCGGACAUAUGUACAUCACAAGAUAUAUAUAUAAGUUACGAGACAAUUGUAUGUAUAGCCAUUCCGGUGCAAUGUUACUGUAAGUAAAAUGCUAGAAUACCUUGUAAAUUUUAUUGCAAAAUGCAAAUUGAGUGAAUUUGCAAUCGGACUUUGUCACAGCAAAAAAAUGUAUAAUGUGACAAUUUUUUGUGAUCGGACCAAUGUCCGAUCAAAAUUACUUUUGCUCGGACAUUUGCCAAAUUUAGUCGGACAUUGUCCGAUGUCCGACAGUAAUUUGCAGCCCUGGAACUUGGAACCAUAUUGACGUUUACAUGUUUCUACCCUAUUCACACAUGAAUUCAAACAAAUGUACUAUCAUUGUGCGAAGUUAAAAUAUCUAUAUUCUAUAGGAUCAGCAUCAAUGACUGUACCUGUGUACAUUGCUGAAGCAGCCCCCACUCACCUGAGAGGCAAGCUAGUGACGUUAAACAAUGUUUUUAUCACGGGAGGGCAAUUUGUUGCCAGUGUUGUGGAUGGUAUAUUUGCAUCUGACAAGAUAAAUGGCUGGAGGUAAAGAACAUAAUUAUGGAUAGCUCUGCAGCCCUUGAAGCCCCUGAAAUUUCUAUUAUAAUAAUUUUUUUUAUUAAUUAAUAAAUUUUUUUAUUAUAAAAAAAUUAUAAAUUAAUUUCUAUCAUUUUAUACACCUGAACAUUUAAUAUUAUUCUAUAGUAGUUCUCAUUUUAUUCUAUGUAAACUUGGUGACAGUUUAAUAUUAAAAGCAUAAAAAAUCAAUGUAUAUCCACAGCUAGAACUGUACUUGCCAUUUCUGCAAAAAGCAUUCGAUCCUUUAAAAUUUAAUUUAUUAACUUUGCCACUAUUAACCUAUUAGAGUGCAAGACCCGACAAGUAAACUUGUCUGGUGUUAGACGGAGUAGAAGAAUAAAGUGUGCAUUAAUUGCUGCUUGAUGGGUUAAUAACGAAAAUUUACAUGCACUAAUAUAUAUUUACAAGAAAGAUUUGGCAGGGACACAGCAACAGCUAGUUAAUUGCCAAUUACUUGUAAAAAAACGAGGGGGUGGGAGGAAGCUGCAAAUGCCAAUGGACCUUUCCCCUUAUAACUAAAAUUUUGAUCUAGACAAAAAUUUCAUCACAGCUUGGAAGAGCAUCACAAAAUUAGUAAUAUUCCAAAGUUUCGUUGCGAAAUGUUGUAAAAUGCGGAUAAUAUAGCCUUGCAAAGUUUGCUGUUUUUCAGUCCUUUUGUAUUACAAACGGGAAAUUGACAGCCCAAUCGGGUGUGGGGGCAUCAAUUUCCCGUUUGUAAUACAAAAUGACUGAAAAUUGCAAAUUUCGCAAGGCUAUAUUAUCCGCAUUUUACAACAUUUCGCAACAAAACUUUGGCAUAUUACUAAUUUUGUGAUGCUCUUUCAAGCUGUGAUGAAAUUUUUGUCUAGACUUGUCUAUAUCAAAAUUUUAGUUAUAAGGGGAAAGGUCCAUGUUGGAUACUCUGAGAAACUGACACUGAAUACUUUUUUCUUCCCAACCGCCAUCAUGCUUAAUUAAUCAUUAUUCUAGGUACAUGCUAGGACUUUCUGGUGUUCCGGCAGUCAUUAUGUUAAUUGGUCUCUUGUUUAUGCCUGAGAGUCCUCGAUGGCUGGUAAGCAAGGGCAAGGUGGAUAAAGCAAAAAAAGUGCUGCAAAGAAUCAGAAAUUCAGAUGAUGUUGAUGAGGAGAUACAUGACAUCACACAGACAAUACAGAGGGAACGUUUAGGUAAGAAGCUACUAGUGUGCUGACCAACUCACUUGAGCUUCCGUCCUUUCCACACAUUUACUAGGCAAGUUGACCUGCCAUUCCCAUGCCUAUAUAUAUAAGGAGGCACCACUAGAUAUCAUAUCUGGCCAGAAAGUGAGAUUAUCCCGAUAUAUGGCUAUCUGGCCAGAUAUUGUUUAUAUAUAUUUCUGGCCUUGUUCUUUGUUUGAUAUUGUUAAAAAAAAAGUAUUAAAUAAAUGCAUGUCUUGAAAUGAUCGGAGAAAAGCUUGUCAGUAUUGUCAUGCUCAUUAAUUUUAUUGAUGUUUGACUGUGAAGUUCUUUCCUAUUAUUUCCAGUCAAAAUACUAUAAACUCCUUCAAUUUAUAUACAGUAUUAUCAAUUAAAAUUCUUAUUUAAUAAAAUCAUUAUUUUACAUUAAAUAAAAUAAAAAGUGAAAGCUCUAUCUGGUGUACCCAGCUAAUACAUUCUGGCUCAUAUAUGAACUUAUAAAGGUUGAUGUAAAACCUUUUUACCAAUAAACAAAUGAACACUGUCAGACAUGUUUAUUGUAAUUUUGAUUUAGGUGCCAAUUAUGGAAGGUGUGGCAUUGUUGUUCGUAUAUGGCAAACCCCUUCUGUGAGGAGAGCAAUAUUUGUAGGAUGUGGUUUACAGGCCAUUCAACAACUUUCAGGAAUAAACACUGUAAUGUAAGUACUAUUGGAAAUUCUGUUGGAGUUGUUUGCUUUGCUUGAUGAUGUAAAACUGUCAGUGGUAUUCCUUGGGAGUUUUAUCUCCACAUAGUUAGUAUUACAACAGCUGACGCCAUUCUGGGAGCUUUAUAUGCCGAGCCAAUGAGUCAAUAGAGAGGUUAAGAUACCCCUGUUUACGGGUACGGGUCAUGUACCGUGAGAAACCAAUCAGUGAAUGGUAAUUUUCGUUGUUGAGGUUCGCUAUAGAUUGUUGCAAACUUUGACAAGCAUGUGUGCAUUAUUUAUUUGGGUAAGAUGUUGAAAAUUUUUACUGUUUAAAUGGGCCACAAAUAGUAAACAGAAAUGUUUGCUGCGGGGAAACGGGUAGAAAUUACGGGUAAGAAUGCUGACAUCAGCAAAAAUUGGUGAACAAAGUGGCGUUACUACUACCCGUAAAACGGAACCGGGGUAUUUUAACCUCUCUAAUAUUUAGGUCACUUUCUCCCCCCCCCCCAUAACACCCCCCUGUAAAGCUGCAAAACUUAAGUGUCACAGAAUGGGAUAUUAACUAAUUUGUCAGUUGUCUUGUAUGGGAUAACUCUUUUUUUCUAAGUUCUAAACUGUUGUCUCUAAUGGUCCAUUGUAAAUGAUAAUUCCUUAUUGGCUUUAUUACAGCUAAGUUCUAUUUUUUCUUGGUUUAGGUACUACAGUUCAACCAUCAUCAAAAUGGCUGGCACAAAAAGCGAUGAGGAAGCAAUAUGGCUUUCCGUUCCUGUUGCUUUCACCAAUUUUGCUUUCACUUUAGUCGGAGUUUUUGUGGUUGAGAUGAUGGGCCGACGGAAACUACUGCUAAGCAGUUUAGCCGGUGUAAUCUGUAGCCUGCUAUUACUUAGUGUUACAUUCUAUAUAGAUCUAAGGCAGUCUCCUAGUGUUACGCUGCGUCCAAAUAUUAACGACUCAUCUUGCACAACAAGGUAUGACCAUUGUUAUUCAUGUGUUGAAGAUAGUAGCUGUGGAUUCUGUUACAGCAAAAUUGAUGGCGAUUUUCUAAAUGGUUCGUGUUUGCCAGUUGGAUCAAAUUACGACACAGACCAUGAUAAAUAUGGUUUAUGUAAUACCACUGAUAGCAACCUACACUGGGGAUAUAACCAUUGUCCGUUCGCUUUAUCAUGGUUAGCCGUGCUUGGGUUGGUCCUCUACCUGGCAUGGUUUGCCCCUGGUAUGGGACCCAUGCCUUGGACAGUGAAUUCGGAAAUCUACCCCCAAUGGGCCAGAAGUUUUGGGAACUCUUGUUCGGCGACAACAAACUGGACUUUCAAUCUCCUGGUUUCAAUAACAUUUCUUCAUCUAACAAGACUUUUGACAAAGUGUGGUGCAUUUGGAUUGUACACUGUGAUCGCCUUUAUGGGAUGGUUGUUUAUAUACACCUUUGUUCCUGAGACUAAAGGCAAAACUCUGGAGGAAGUUAAUAAAUUAUUUGAAAGACAGAGUUAUCAUGAUAGAAAUGGACUUCAUUCAUCGGUUGGUAGUAGCAAUGGUAUGUUAGAUGAAUCAGAAUCGUAAAUUUGAUUUCUGAAAUUGGUUAAUUAAAUUUGGUUAUUAUAAUUAAGUUGACAUGACUGAUUUGUAUACCUACCUACAUACAUAUUUAGUACUUUAUUUUAUUAUUUUUUAAUUGUUUUUCCACUUUUACCCCAUUGGCCUCGUUUUCAUGUUGGCCUCGUUUCCAUGUUGGCCUCGUUUCCAUGUUGGCCUCGUUUCCAUGUUGGCCUCGUUUCCAUGUUCGCCUCGUUUCCAUGUUCGCCUCGUUUCCAUGUUCGCCUCUUUUAGCACGACAAGCGCACAUGAACGUUAUAUUCCCAUGUUUCGUGCACGUGAAUAUGUUUCUCUUUGAUCUUGAGCCCAAUCACAAACCUAUCCUUAAACCUAUUGUGUACAAAACAUCAGGGAAUGGCCACACGAAAACGAGGUCAUAGGGGCAAGAGAGCAAUUCAGUCUAUUGAUCUAGUAUAUAUGUAUAAUAAUAAUAAUAUAUUAUUAUUAUAACCUACGGUACAGUACAAGAUCAAUUAAUAAAUUCAUGCAUAAAGGGGAUUACUAUGUUUUAAUGUUUUUGCGAGAUUUGUUCUGCGAAAACUACACACGCAAAAACUCGCAUCUUGUAACAAGUUUGUCAACAAGCCGUCAACAAGUUGUCUUCGCACUGCUUGUCCCAAGUUGUCAACAAGUCUGGAACGAGCUGUUAACAACUUGUGACAACCUUGUUGAUAUUAUCAGGCUUGUUACAAGGUUGUUCCAACAGGUCCGAUACAGUCAUGAUAUAGCUGUAUUGUUGCAACCUUGUGACGUCAAGCUUGUAACAUUCUUGUUAUAUCAGGACUGUAUCAGACUUGUUAGAACAACCUUGUAGCAAGUCUGAUAAUGCCAUCAAGCUUGUUACAAGUUGUUAACAGCUUGUUCCGAACUUGUUACAACAACUGAGAACAUGCGCAGGGCGAAGACAACUUGUUGACAGCUUGUGAACAGACCUGACCUGUAACAACUUGUUUGCAGACUUGUAACAACUUGUCCGUUUUUACGUGUGUAGGUCAUUGAAGCAAGAGUAAAAUUCAGUCUAUUGUCUAUUAAUGUGGUAUAUAUGUAUAAUAUAUUAUAAUCUACGGUGCAGUACAAGAUCAAUUAAUAAAUUCAUGCAUAUCCAUGGGGAUUAGGCCCACUAUGUUUUAAUGUUUUUGCGAGAUUUGGUCUGGAACAGGUACUAACGUUAUUGGCUUACGCUGUGUUUAGCCUUCCUGAUUGUGUGUGCUUAAAGAGUGUUGAUAAUUGUAUUAACGGCCGAAAUUUAAUAAAUACAAGUCAACAACCUUGUAGACUUCAUACUGGAAGCAAAACCCAGCGUUCUCACUUUUAAGGAAACCUCCUUAAACUAAGAAAACGGCAUUUUUAUAAGGAAAUUUAAGAUUUUAUGUCUGUCAUCUUGCGCGAGUAAACUUUCUACUAUUUCUUUCCCCUUUUACGUAAUAACCUGUUCUAGGCUAAAAUUUCACAGCAUGUUCUUAUAUUAACAUGUAUUGUAAGAAUUUGUAACCAAUAUUCAAUAUAGAGGCCCCUCAAUAGACAAUAGAGUCGAAACAAAAAAUCAUAAUUCAUAAUUAAGAUAAAGAAACUGGCAAUGUAAUUUUGGAUACAGUAUAAUCCAAAUGAACUAACUGUUUGUUUGUCUGCUCUACUUUGUGAAGAUUUCAUUGUCUUUACUAUGUGAGCUGGCUAUAUGUUCGAUGUAAAUUUUCAAGCAACUUUAAAAUAUCACUUCAAAUUUCAAGAGUUUUAAUAUCAUACACAUUUUAUAUCUUCAACAACAGGUUGCUAUGCAAAUAUUAUGAUUGGACUUCUAGCUUGAACUGAUUAAAUUAAACACAGAUGGCUGCAUCUUCUUAAUCUUCCAGCAAAAGAGGACUACAUCUUUCUGACAUAAGAGCCGCAUGCGCUAAAAACCGUCAACCUCAUUAAUAUUGUGACAGUGUCACUUGCUACCUCGAAACAAUUUUAGAUUGUCUUCUCAUGCAUGUGAGUAUGUGUG